CCAGUUACUCUCAUCCUUGAAUUGGAGGAGGCAAACGCCGGGCUAUUUAUUCCAUUGACAACUGGGAGAAAUAGUAAUCACGGCCCGUGACAGACCUCGCUGCCGCUGUCAUCCCACAGAUUCUUUGGUCUCUUUUCACGAUGCUGACACGAUUCCCCCCGAUCAACUUGAACGUGUGUUCCUGCGUCUUGGCCAUGCAGAAACAGACGAGCAGUUACAGAACAUUAUUUCCAAAUUCCUACCCCCUGUUCUGCUCAAGCUGUCCAGCACACAGGAGGGAGUUCGUAAAAAGGUGAUGGAGCUGCUGGUUCAUCUGAAUAAGCGCAUCAAAAGCCGUCCGAAAAUUCAGCUUCCAGUAGAGACAUUGCUAGUUCAAUAUCAAGAUCCUUCUGCGGUGUCUUUUGUCACUAAUUUUACCAUAAUUUAUGUUAAGAUGGGAUACCCCCGUCUGCCUGUGGAAAAACAAUGUGAAUUGGCUCCAACUCUUCUCACUGCAAUGGAAGGGAAACCUCAGCCACAGCAAGACAGCCUAAUGCAUCUUCUAAUACCAACCCUUUUUCACAUGAAAUACCCUACUGAACCACUGAAAGCAGCAGCUUCUCCAUUUAAUCUUGCUGAAAAACCAAAGACUGUACAGCUGCUUUUGGACUUUAUGUUGGAUGUUCUUCUUAUGCCUUAUGGGUUUGUAUUGAAUGAAUCUCAGAGUCGACAAAACGUGCCCUCAUCCCAGGGCUCUUCAUCGAGUAGCGUGGGAGGUCCUGGAAUCCCUCAGCCGCCUCCAGGGAUGAGCUUUUAUGCAGCCAAAAGGGUAAUUGGAGAUAGCCCAUGGACACCAGAGCUGCUGGAACAGUGUAAGCUGGGGAUAGUGAAGUUCAUUGAAGCUGAGCAGGUGCCAGAGCUGGAGGCUGUGAUACACCUGGUUGUAGCCUCCAGCGAUACAAGACACAGCGUUGCCACUGCAGCAGACCUGGAGCUAAAGAGCAAACAGAGUUUAAUUGACUGGAACAAUCCUGCUAUAAUCAACAAAAUGUAUAAAGUGUAUCUUGGGGAUAUACCACUGAAAACCAAGGAGGGAUCUGUUCUGAAACCAGAAAUGAAACGAGAGUCAGUCAGCACCCGUGUUAAAUUAAAGAUAGUUCCACAUCUUCUGCGAUCCAGGCAAGCUGCAGAAACAUUCCCAGCUAACAUUCAGGUGGUUUAUGAUGGACUCUUUGGUGCAAACACAAAUGCAAAGCUGAGAAGUCUGUCCUUGCAGUUUGUGCAUCAUAUUUGUAUCAUUUGUCCAGAAAGUAAAAUAAAGCCCUUGGGUCCAAUGCUUCUAAAUGGACUUACGAAGCUGAUCAAUGAAUACAAAGAGGAUUCAAAACUGCUUUCAAUGGCAUAUUCAGCGGUUGGAAAACUCUCCAGCCGAAUGCCUCAGCUCUUUACCAAGGAUAUAGCACUGGUACAGCAGUUUUUUGAAGCUUUAUGCAAGGAAGAUGCUGAUACUAGGCUUGCCAUUCAGGAGGCUUUGUCUAUGAUGGUUGGAGCAUACAGUAACUUGGAAGGAGCCCAGCGUACUCUGAUGGAAGCUCUUGUAGCUUCUUAUUUAAUAAAGCCUGAAGUUCAAGUACGUCAAGUGGCUGUGAAAUUUGCUAGCACAGUAUUCCCUCCAGAUCAUAUCCCUUCCAGAUACUUACUCCUGUUAGCUGCCGGAGACCCGCGGGAGGAGGUACAUGGAGAAGCACAACGGGUGCUGAGAACAUUUCCUGGUAAAAAUGAAAAGGAGAGUUCUGGGAAGCAGAUGCCUUCCUUCCCUGAAAUGGUCCAUUACAUUCAAGACAAGGCCUCUCACCGAAUGAAAACUCCAGCUAAAUAUAUGACUGGAACCGCAGCGUUGCCUUUCAAUCCUGCCACAUUUGGAGAGAUAGUCCUGUACCUGCGGAUGUGUCUCGCUCACAGUGCAGGUGUGGUGCCAACCUCACAGAGCUUGGCAGAUAUGCAAGAUCACGCUCCAGCCAUCGGGCGCUACGUAAGAAACCUCAUGUCUGGCAACCACAUAACUUUCUCUUCCUCCUCCUCUUCAAAAAGUGCAGAAACCAACCCCGUAUAUGUAUAUAUUGGCCUUCUUCAGCAGCUGCUAGCUGGUGUUGGAGGUUUGCCAGUCAUGUACUGUCUUCUAGAAGUGGUUUCAGUAUAUCCAGAAAAACUAGCCACCAGAUUUGUAGACAAAAUGGAUUGGAUAAAGAGCCUGAUGAACACAAACAAAGAAGAAAUGCGUGAGCUCGCAGCCCUGUUUUAUUCUGUAGUGCUGUCUACCAUGUCUGGAGAUGAGCUUAGGGCCUCCUUGGAGCAGCUGAUCAAGAUGACAAAAGACAACCAUAGCCCGGAGGUCCAACAUGGAUCCUUGUUGGCUUUGGGAUUUACAGUAGGAAGGUACUUGGCCAAGGGGAAAAUCAGAACAAUGGAGCUACAAGACAUAGAACAGCCAAACACUGCAGUCAUGCCGGAACAAGAACAGCUCAUAAAGUCGACGACAGAGACAAUAGGUUCUUUUCUGGACAGCACCUCUCCCUUCCUUGUGGUGGCUGCCUGUACAGCUCUUGGGGAGAUCGGCAGGAACGGCCCCUUGCCAAUCCCCAGCGAAGGAACAGGAUUUACAAAGCUGCAACUUGUUGAAAGCUUAUUGGCCCGAAUCCCUUCCAGCAAGGAAACAAACAAGAUGAAGGAACGAGCAAUACAAACAUUAGGUUACUUCCCAGUGGGAGAUGAAGAUUUUCCCCACCAGAAGCUACUCUUGCAGGGCUUAAUGGAUUCUGUGGAGGCCAAACAAAUAGAACUGCAGUUCACCGUGGGUGAAGCUAUUACCAGUGCGGCCGUAGGAACCAGCUCAGUGGCUGCACGUGAUGCGUGGACAGUGACAGAGGAGGAAUACAUCCCUCCUCCAGAUUUGAAAGUGAAUGAUGUUGUUCCCUGGGUCCUAGACCUGAUUUUGAACAAGCACAUUAUCAGCCCCAACCCACACGUUAGGCAGGCAGCUUGCAUCUGGCUUCUGUCCAUGGUGAAGAAGCUGAGCACACACAAAGCAAUUAAGUCUCAUCUCAAGGAUAUUCAAAGUGCAUUUGUUUCCAUUCUGUCGGAUAGUGAUGAGCUUAGUCAAGAUGUUGCUUCAAAAGGUCUUGGGCUGAUAUAUGAACUGGGAAGUGAACAGGAUCAGCAAGAGCUAGUCACCACACUUGUUGAUACCCUUAUGACUGGGAAAAGAGCCAAACAUGAGAUGACUGGAGAAACGGUGGUGUUUCAGGGUGGCCUGAGCAAAACCCCAGAUGGUCAAGGUCUUUCUACCUACAAGGAGCUUUGUUCACUGGCUAGUGAUCUCAAUCAGCCAGACCUGGUGUACAAAUUCAUGAAUCUGGCCAACCAUCACGCCAUGUGGAAUUCUCGGAAGGGAGCAGCUUUUGGUUUCAAUGUGAUAGCUGCCAAGGCUGGAGAGCAACUAGCUCCUUUUUUGCCCCAGCUUCUUCCACGGCUCUACCGUUACCAGUUUGACCCCAACCUGGGCAUUCGACAGGCAAUGACCAGCAUUUGGAAUGCCUUGGUCACCGACAAGUCGAUGGUUGAUAAGUACAUGAAGGAAAUUCUUGAGGAUUUGAUCAGUAACCUAACCAGCAGUCUGUGGAGGAUCAGGGAAUCAAGCUGUCUGGCACUGAAUGACUUGCUAAGAGGAAGGCCUUUGGAUGACAUUAUCGACAAGCUUCCAGAGAUCUGGGAAAUCCUGUUUAGAGUGCAAGAUGACAUUAAGGAGACUGUGCGAAAAGCAGCAGAACUAGCCCUGAAAACUUUAAGCAAGGUCUGCGUGAAAAUGUGUGAUCCCUCCAAAGGAGCAGCAGGUCAGAAGACGAUAGCUGUGUUGCUCCCUUGCCUCCUGGACAAAGGGAUAGUAAGCACUGUUGCUGAAGUCCGAUCUCUCAGCAUUAACACUCUCGUGAAGAUCAGUAAAAGUGCCGGGUCUAUGCUGAAACCUCAUGCACCAAAACUUAUCCCAGCCCUGCUGGAAUCCUUGAGUGUGCUGGAACCUCAAGUCCUCAAUUAUUUGAGUCUUUGUGCAACAGAUCAGGAGAAGACUGCAAUGGAUAGUGCCAGACUUAGUGCUGUCAAGUCAUCUCCCAUGAUGGAAACCAUUAACAUGAGCUUGCAGUACCUGGAUGUGUCCGUCCUGGGUGAGCUGGUUCCUCGGCUGUGUGAACUGAUCAAAAGUGGAGUGGGCCUUGGCACAAAGGGAGGCUGUGCCAGUGUAAUUGUGUCGUUAACCACACAGUGUCCUCAGGACUUAACACCUUAUUCAGGCAAACUUAUGAGUGCUUUACUUAGUGGCCUGACUGAUCGCAACAGUGUGGUACAGAAGUCUUUUGCCUUUGCUAUGGGGCAUCUAGUCCGGACCUCCCGGGACAGUAGCACUGAGAAGCUGCUGCACAAACUCAGCAGCUGGUACAUGGAGAAGGAAGAGCCAGUUUACAGAACAGGCUGUGCUUUAACUGUGCACGCGAUGGGCCGCUACAGCCCAGACGUAGUGAAGAACCAUGCCAAACACGUGCUGCCGUUGGCUUUUCUUGGCAUGCAUGAGGUUCCUGAUGAAGAGAAAGGAGAGAAAGAGAAUUCUACUCUCUGGACUGAAGUUUGGCAGGAAAAUGUACCUGGUACUCAGGGUGGCAUCAGACUGUAUAUGCAGGAAUUGAUAACCAUUACGCAGAAGGCUCUGCAGUCCCAGUCCUGGAAGAUGAAAGCCCAGGGAGCAGCUGCCAUGGCAUCAAUUGCCAAACAGACGAGCUCCCUUGUACCCCCACAUCUGGGAAUAGUGCUCUCCGCGCUCCUGCAAGGUCUGCCCGGGAGAACCUGGACCGGGAAGGAGGAGCUGUUGAAGGCCAUUGCCAGUGUCGUCUCUGCAUGCCAUGCAGAGCUGCUGAAGUCAGUGCCUGGCCAGCCCACCGUCAGUGACAUUGUCCAGGCUGUGCUGAAGGAGUGUCGGAAGGAGAACCUAAAGUAUAAGAUGGUCGCCCUGCGCUGUGCGGCUGGCGUGCUCCAGGCAACAAAGGAGGACCGCUUCCAGGAGCUGGCAGAUAUCGUCUUUCCCAUGAUAAAGAAGAACUCUCUGGAGAGCAUGGGCACGGGUUUACCAAAGCGUGACGAAGAGGACGAGGACAUGAGGGAGAAGGAGGUGCAGAUGGAGUCCCUGAUCUGCGCCUUCGAGACCCUGGGCAAAGCCUGGCCGAGGAGCCCGGAGACGCAGCGUUGCUAUCGCCAAGAGUUUUGUAAGUUAAUGUGUGACCGUCUGAAACUCAGCACGUGGAAAGUGCAGCUUGGAGUGCUACAAGCCAUGAAUGCCUACUUUCAAGGGCUAAUGCUGUUUGAUGAGGAACACUCAGACCCUGUGGCUUUGACAGAAAUACUGUUGGAAACCUGUUCAUCUAUCACCCACUCUUUAGAAAACAAAAGCUACACCUCCAUAAGAACAGAAGCUUUGUCCGUGGUACAACUGCUGCUCACCAAACUGCAAGAGGCUCAGCAGUGGGGAAGCCUGACAGCGGAAAGCAGAGAGCACCUCAUUCGUUCGCUGGCUACGAUGGCGACAGACAGCAGACCCGAGCUGCAAGAGAAGGCAUUUAUAUUGAAGAAAACACUUGAAAAUCUUGACUAAGUUGUAAAACGUAAAACUACAAAGUGCCAUGUAAAACAAAAACAAAAAAGUGCAGUGGUCUGAACACCAAGUGGGAAAAUGAAGAUUACUCUGUAGCAUGCAUCAUUCCUGGCCAAAAUAAAAAAUGCCUUAAAUUCUUUUCCCCUUUAAUAUUAUUUUUACUCUUGAAAGCUGAUGGUUAGUUGUUUUGUCAGUAAAUACCUCUAACAAUCUGCCCUAGAAUGUUAAUAAGCGUACAACAUAAAAAAUGCUGAGGGCAAGUUGCUUUUUAAAUUUUUUUUCCUUUAAAUCAGCAAAAGAAUGUUACUCAGAUCCCCCUUUGUCCUUCGAAGGAAUUGUUGAAAAACCACCAGCACAGGAAGUGAAAAGCUGUUUGAUUUUCACUUGUGCCAUGGGUGGAGAUCUUGUUACCUGGUGUGUAAACAGUAAAUCCUCAGGACUGCAGCAGAGCUCGUGAUUGUGACCUGCGCAGAGCGAAAUGCUCCCCCUGAUGAAGCCCGUGUAAACCUGUGGCUUCCCAGGGGCAGGGUUUCCUCUGACACCCACCUCUGUUCCUCCUGCUUGCUCCUCCCCUGCAGCCUCUUCUCUGUGAGUUUUGGAAGGCAGAGUACUGUUAACUUCGCUCCUUCCUCCCUCCUCCUCCUCCUCCUCUGACUUCAGCAUGGAUUGACCGAGGCUAUGCCUCCCCCAGAUAGCAACCUCGGCCUCCCAAACUUUAAACGAGAACUUGUUCUCCUCAAAGGAUGCACAAGAGAGCACUUUACUGAGCUGUGUGUAACAAAGGUUAGUGCCCAGGUGGAACACUGCUCUUCUCAAAAUUGUUUUGCAUGGACACUCCUCAGCUGCAGGAAAAACAAAAAAAAAAAAAAGGAAGAAAAACAAAAAAAAAAGGAAAAACAAUCUUUUCUAGAUGAUAUGUUUUUGAAGAGUGUUCGAAGUUUGCAAUGACACAUUUUUUUAAUAGUGGUAAUGUUUUAUUCCCUUCCUGUUCGUAACCCUGUUCUUGCUUUGGAAACCUGUAAUGAUUUAGAAUUGUCAAUAUUUGUAAGAGACUGAAAUCAUCUGUCAUUUCUCAGCAGCCCAAGUCAUGCUGGUUUCUAGCAAAUACUGUUUCAUUUGCACUUGAGAAGAAAGAUUAUAUCUGCAUUAACGUGGAGUAAAAAUUGCUGUAUGAUGAUGUGGCCAUGCUGCCUGUCUCCUGUUCUUGCCCUCCUCAGACAAAAGACGAACCUGAACCACUGUCGCAACAGACUUUUAAUCGUGUUAAGUUAGCACUGCACCCUGACCUGACCAGUGCGUGUACAGCUUUUUGGGGAUAAAUGCUUUGCUGAUGGUGAAAUAAAUAAAAUCGUUGAGUGUGGGCAAUACCACGUCCGUGGCUUUCGGCAUAGGAAGGCUCUUUACUUUUCUUACAGCCCGCAGCUCCUUUCGGAGGCAGCCGGUGGGGGUACCCUCCUCCCCGUGCCCGGGGGUCAGCAGGACCUGCUUUGCCCUCAGGUGCCGUUUCCCACCCAGUCUUUUUUUCUGGUACUGUGACACCCUCCUGGCCUGACGCCCUCCCUCCCCUGGGGAGGCAGGAACACAGCUCCUGCUCACACACACACACACAGAGACACAACCCCCCACCUGUCAGCGGGACGCGGGCAGAGCUGUCCCAGCGCGGCCGCCGAGUAGCAGGAACCUCAGCGAGCACUACUGCACCGUACACUGCCACUGGUCAGCGGGCCACCCCCUGGUGCUGGGAGCUGGUGCUAUCACCUUCUGAGUUACACCUUGUCGCAGGGAGCUGCUCUUUGUUUACCUGUAGUUUGACCUCUCGAGCACAGUGUACAUUUCAAAGUUUUACCGGGCAAGUCACUUCGCAGUAUCUUUGAAAACUUGCUUACCAUGACACCAUGACAUGUAGCGUCAUGAGUGCUCUUUUUUCUUUUUUCCCUCUUUUUCUUUUUUUUUUUUUUUGUUGUAUUAGGUAUUACCAGUGACGCUUUGCUGUAGCAGCUCAUUGUCUGACUUGGGUUUUUUUUUAUUUUUUUCAUAUUGGUGAGCGACAGUAACAGAAAAGCAAGAGCCUCCACGUCUCUGGCAAUUUCUUCUCACUGUGGACUGGAGUAUUCAGAGGCAAUGCCUGGCAUGGUCAGAGUGACCACGGGCAGAAUUAACUGUAAUUGUUGUCAAUAGCAACCUGAAUUUCUCUAUUGGGGAUUUACACUAGAGGGAAGAGCGUUAUUCUAGGAACUCUACAAACAGCUGGGCGAAAAACUCCGGCCCAGAGUGUGAGGAAGGUUAGAGAUGGUACAACACUUUCUGAAUCACAAAGCAAUAUGUCUUUCUCGUGAUUACAGAAUAGAUUCAGAGCUCCUCUCUAAAGCACGUGCCUAUACACAAAACCUACCUGUACAAAAGCUAAUUCAGUCAGAGGUUUGAUUUCUACCCCCCUCGCAUUUGUAAACUUGACAGGAUUAAAAAAAAAUAAAUAAAAUAGAAUAAUAGAAUAAAAUAAAUAGAUGUGGCCUUCCUAGAGUUUUUCCUCUAAAAGUGAUUGCACUAUGUAAAACACACUGUACUUUGCCCGGCGCGGGCAUUUCUUGUGCUGCUGCAAUGCUGUGUAUACCUGGGGUGCUGCGCGCAGAGCUGGCGCCAGCACUCGCAUCCUGACCUACGAGCUGUUGCUUACAUGGAUGUAUAUUGAGAAAAGUUUUCUAAUGUUGCAAGAUCUCCAUCAAAUUCACUGCAAUCUGUACUGUCCGAGUAUGUGAAUGGUCUGACUGAAAGAAAACCCUCCUGCUUACCAAAAAGGUUAAAAAAAAAAUUAAAUAAAAGCUGCAUGACCUGUUACUUCCAA